AUGAAGUUGGGUAGUACCAAUGGAAGCACUUAUAGCAGGCCUAAAUUGGGAGCACUGAGGUCAAGUUACUCGAGUUUGAGGUCACCAAAAAGUGUCUUAAGCGGAGGAGGCUUCAGCACAAACUUCUAUGAUAAAGAUAGCAAACCGAAAAAAUCCAGAUCAAGAAAACAGACAUCCAAUUAUUAUGGAUCCAGUAUAAACGGGACACCAAAAAUGGACUACCUGAAGAAGCGUACUCCGAAUUACACGGAUCUCGCCUAUAGGGAAGCCGUGACUCGUCUUAGAUAUCUGAUGAACGAAAACUAUAGUCCUGUUAGAUCAAAGUACACUCCUGCUGAUUCUGGAGAAGAAACCGAUGAUAAAUCUUUCCUUGGUAUCGAUAGAUAUCCUUACAGGACUUUUAGUGGAAGCCGACUUUCAAGGAGAUAUCCUAUUUUAUCUAAGGAGAAUGUUAACAUACUUAGACCGACGUUGAAUAAUCAAAUCACAACCAGCAGCCCUGCUACAAAUAUUGAUGCUGCAUCUCAAGAUGGAAAGUUUUCAACUGAUACCAGUAAGGCGCCUCCGGAACUGAUGACCUUCAUUGAGAAACAAGAGGAAUAUAUUGAACAACUAGAGAGGGAAUCACAGUAUUGCAGGGAUGAAUUAUCAGGACUGUUGAGUAAAGUCAAAGACGUGAUAAGCGAAAAUGAAUCUUUGCAUGAAAAGGAUAAUAUACACGAUUCAGAGACUGAAGAUUCUAAUGAAUCAGAUGCCAAGACAGUCCAGAUAAAAGAAAAACCAUCGAAAAAAAUCCAGUUGGAAGGACCUAGUAUCGUAUUUGAAUCUCGUAUCAGUGAAUUGGAAGCACAACUGACUCAAUAUAAAAUUGACUUGAAAAAACUGCAAGACGAAAACGAAUCUUUAAAGAAAAAAGAAUGUGUGGAUUGUUACCAUAGUGACCCAAGUUGCAAAGAAGGAUACAGAAAACAGAUAGAUAAUUUGCAAAGAGAUAAAAGUAACCUUGAAGCUACUAUUUCUAAACUUCAAACAAGUCUAUCGCAAUUAAGGGAUGCCGAAUCUGAUUCAGUUUUAAAAUCGAAACGUAACCAAGGGCUGUUGGAGCAAAUGAUUUUCGAAAAGAGUCAAUCAGAUGCUGAAGUUCGACGACUAAAAGAUGAAUUAGAAAAACAGUAUGAAAGAGUUCGUGAAGCAAAUCAUGAAACAGCUCGCCGAGUUGCCGAAGAAAGAGCUGCUGCUGAUAAGCGAUAUUGUGCUCAGGUCGAUCAACUAGGUGGUGAUUUGAGUAAUCAAUGGGAAACAGCUAAUAAACUUCAAUUGGAGUUAGAAAGACAGCGCCGGAUAGAGUCCGAUUAUAAACGUGAAAUAACAUCCAGAAAUCAUCAGAUUGAUGAUUUGAAAACUGAACUUCGAAAUAAAACAGCUUCUCUGCAAUCUGAUCUUGCCCAGUGCAAUGCUGAGAAACAAUCUUUGGAAGAAGAAAUGCUUCAAUUAAGAUUAUCUCUGGAGAGAGCUGACCGAAAUUCCAAAUCAGAAAUGUCGCGUCUUAACUCUGAGAUUACAUCAUUGCGCCAAAGAUUGGACAGAUCGGAUGCUGAUUUGCUUCAGGCGAGAAGGGAAAACCUGAGAUUGUCAGAACAGUUGGCAAAUUUGCAAAAAGAGGUAUGA